AUGCGGUUGGAUGCCCCGGUAAAGAGAUAUCCAGGAUAUUCUCCAAGUCUUCUUCUCCGUAUCAUCAUGGUUUCAUCUACAUCCAGUUCUCAAACCUCUUCUCCUUCCUCUUCUUCCAUGGCUAAUCUUCCAGUUACACCUUCCGUUACGCAUUCUGCUGUCUCUGCAAUUAUCCGUCCUAACCAAAGUCUUACUGCUCGCGAGGCGUGGCUACAAAUUGAACGUCUUUUCCAUGAUCAUGUUAGUUCCCGAACGCUCCAACUUAAAGUUCAAUUUCAUAACCUUAAGAAAGGUUCCCUUUCUAUUGCUGAUUAUGUGCAUCGCCUCAAAUCCAUUUCGGAUGCCUUGACAUCAAUUGGUAAUCCUAUUUCUGAUUCUGAUCUUAUUCUCCAAAUUCUUUCUGGCCUACCUUCUGAAUAUCUCUCUAUUAGCACUUCAAUCUCUACUAGGGUUCCACUUUCUACUUUUCUUGAGACUAGAUCUCUUAUGUUCCUUCAUGAAACUCAAUUGACUGGCUUUUCUUCUACCGCAUCAGAUUCUUCCACUGCUUUAGUAGCUAAACAAAAUUCCUCUUCUCAAGGACGUGGACGUGGAAGAAAUUCUAAUGGUGGUAGAUAUGCCUAUGGUGGGCGUGGUAGAGGACGCAACAACAAUGGCUACCAAAGAAGUUAUUCCACUGCUCCUCCCCAGUUUGCUCCACGCCAAAGGGCUCCUUCCAUUUUAGGUCCAGCGCCACACUCUACUAUUUCUUCCGUUUAUCCUACUUAUCCAUUUCCUUCUUCCUUUUAA